AUGGCUGGCCGUUUUCCUGACGCCAACGAUGCGGCCCGUCGUCAACAGCCAUCGGAAAUCGACGAGGCUCUUCGGCGGCAUUGCGGAGUGCCCGUGAGGCGUUACUUCAUUGCGGCCGCUGGCGACGAUGGCACCCCGUCCACCCUUGUCAGCGGCGGCCAUAAGCUGCCCGAAAGUGUCAUCUCCCAAUUCUUUGACGCCGUCAAGUUUCAACAAGUCAUGAACAAAUUAGAUGCUGGCGCCGACCCUAUGCUGGACGAAUCCUUUAGCCAAGAGGAGCCCGUCUUUAGCCGACAGAUUUUCAGCCGAAGCAGACCCAAAGAUCGUCGUAGGAGUUCAGCAUUUGGCGACUGGGGAAGCCCAGCCCGGUCUGGUCGCAAACGGCCUCGGCCACGCAAUCCCCUCAACGAAGACGACAACACUCCAAUGACUGUUUCGUCAAGACGUGGCAUCAAGACUGCCUGCAAGCUCAUCGCCAAAGCCUGGGUCAAGGCCGUCGAGCCCAAGAAGCAAUCGACUCACCCUUACACUGGAAGCGAUGGAAAGGCACCCGACUGGUGGCCGAAGCCAUGGGGCCCUACCAAGGACGACAAGGUUCGCCACAAGGAGCCCGAUCACUUGUAUAAAAGAGAACGUGUCCACCUGCUCGCGUAUAUCCUCUGA